AAUCCAGAUUCAUUUGCUGGUAGUUGUGGUCGCGGUUCGAAAGCAUUGAAUUCGGAUUCAUUUGCCGGUAGUUGUUGUGGUUGCGAUUCAAAAGCAUUGAAUUCGGAUUCAUUUGCUGCAUUGAAUUCGGAUUCAUUUGCCGGUAGUUGUUGUGGUUGCGAUUCAAAAGCAUUGAAUUCGGAUUCAUUUUCUGGUAGUUGUUGUGGUUGCGAUUCAAAAGCAUAG